AUGGAAACAUGAGAAUGUUUACAGUUAUUAUCUUUCUUAUGGUUGGAAGUCACUAACAUUUAGACUUAAUAGAAAAGAUAAAGAGGUACUUCCCUCUUCAUGUGAUGACCUCUAUGGUCAACAUUUCCUGCUGCUUUGUAGUGCAUUUAUAAUUCUGCCACCUUCCAAAUGGAUAACUUCACCCAGGAAACAAUAAGAUUUAGUGAGGCGAAGGAAUGGAUCUUCAAACUGAUUGGCUUCCUUUGCAGUCUCUUAUCUUUGGUAUUUGGAGUAAUCCUUGUAAGCAGCCAAUACUGGCGCCUCUGGGAAUUCAACAACAAGUCUGUUCAGCUUGUGUACAUCGGACUCUGGGAAGCUUACUACAAUCAAGAGUUUAACAUCUCUAGCUCUGUGAUCAGGAUUCCGGUGCACAGCCCUGUCAACUCAAGCUGGACCAUUUCACCUGAAUUUCAGUAUGCGCAGAACCUGAUAUUACUGGCGACUUUGAUAAACCCUGUUGUCCUGGUUUUCAACUCAGUGAUCAUUAGACUCACCAUCAUCAAAGCCUCAGACCUUGAGAUUCAGAUGCUCUGCUACAAGUGCUGUGUCUACAUUCUUGUUCUCAGCAGCUUUUGCACGGUUCUUUCUGUCACCUGGAACCACGUAGUAGAUCUUUAUGGCGAAACCACCUUUGACUUUCCACCCAAUUUUCCUGUUAGGAAAGAAGACCUGAUAAAGAAACACCACACUCAUGUGUUCCCCAUAGGGGUCAUGACAACGAUUCUUUCACUCCUUGCUGUGAUUACGUUCCUCUUCGAGAUCAGGUCAUUGAAACUAGAGAGUAACCUCAAGGCCUUGAAUGCUUCCAAACAGGUGGAUCAAAUAGUCUGAAGUAUGAACUCUGGCAUUUCCAAUAUCAGCCAGGAGAAUCCUUGAAGAUAUUUCCCAUUUGCACACAAUAAUUAUGAGUCAUCAACUGGCUCCAAAUAAACCAUCAACCUGG